AGUUUUUUGCGCUCGCGCGUCUUCUUCUUCCCUUUGUGAGCGGAAGUAGAACAUCUGCAGCUUUGUCAGAAUCGAAGAAAGAGGAACAAUCAUGCCGAUGUUUGUGGUGAACACCAACGUGGCUAAAAGCGACGUGCCUGCGGCUCUGCUGUCGGAGGCUACGGAGGAACUGGCCAAAGCCAUGGGCAAACCUGCGCAGUACAUUGCUGUGCACAUCAACCCAGACCAACUGAUGAUGUUUGGAGGGAAGGGAGACCCCUGUGCUCUCUGCUCUCUUCACAGCAUCGGCAAGAUCAGCGGAGCUCACAACAAGCAAUACUCCAAGCUUCUGUGUGGACUGCUGAACAAACACCUGGGAGUCUCUCCUGACAGGAUUUAUGUUAACUUUGUGGACAUGGAUGCAGCCAAUGUGGCCUGGAACAACACAACGUUUGGUUGAGAAGCACACCAAUACCUUGAAAUUAUAUAAAUAAAAAUCAUUCCAUCAUUUUCCUGCUUGUAUGAGCAUAAUUUAAACUAAUAUAAUGAAGAGCAAAGACACUAUAAUCCAAGUCAAAAAUGAAGUUGUAAAAACAUUUCACUGGACCUUUUUGCUUUGCACUGAACCUUUUUUCAUGAAUAAAGCAAACCCUG